AUGAACAUUGAGGGUCGGAUGCGAGAAGCCAAGCUGAGCUCCAGCACGUAUCUACAUGAGCCCCUCAUCAUGCAUGGAGCAAUAGAAAAUGAUUACUCUGUUGUCCCGUCUGAAGAUCAUUUAGUUUCUUUCAACUGGCUGCGUGCCAGCAAGAAGGGAGGAGAGCUUCAUCGACGGCUUGGUUCAUGGCCAUCCACCCCGUCGCAUGCGGUGCCUCCCGAGUCGUCCUUCUGUGCUGGAGCGAUGGGCUGUGGGGGCGAACGCAAGACGGAGGAGUGCGAGUCGACGGGGGGGACCGACGGGGGAUGGGCCUGGGUCGUCCUCGUGUGCACGUGCAUCCAAGGGGUGACGGUGUGGGCCUUCAUCGGAGUAUUCGGUCUGCUGUACGAGGAGCCGCUGCGACAGAUGGGGGCCGACGCCACGGACGCCGCGUGGCUCUUCAACUUCUGCAAAGCCCUCCAGUAUCUCGGAGGGAUGUGCGCGGGGCCGGUGGUGGUGGCGGCGUCGCACAGGGGGGUCGUGACGGCAGGGCUUCUCAUGCAGGCGGUGGGGCUGUUCGCGUCUGCCUUCGCCGGCUCCGUUCUGGGACAUACCUUCACCUUUAGCGUUCUCGUAGGGUUUGGUUCCGGAUUGCAGUUCAUCGGAUCCUAUCUGCACCUGAACCUCUACUUUGACAAGAGGAGAGGCUUCGCAGUUGGAAUGUACAUGAGCAGCAUCUCCGUCGGGUUCAUGCUCGUUCCGCAGCUGGUCGAGGCUUCCCUCCACCACUUUGCGAGUCAGGGCACGAUGAUAAUAUUAUCAGGAAUAGCGGUUCAAAUGCUUCCUUUCGCCUUCGUUCAGACCACACAUCCACUGCCCCGUUCGAAGAAGAUUCUUCCCGACCAAACAUGCGAUUCCGAUGCCGACCUACAAGAAGAAGCGGCCACGGACCAGGAGCCCCCAAAGCAGAUCAACCGGCCGGCGGAACCAGACGACCCCGCCAGAGGAACCUGCUCGGGCCUCUGGAAAAGAAUCGUCGGGAGGUUCCACCCCAGCCUCGACUUCACCGUCCUCCGAGAACCCAUCUGGUGGAUGCUGACCAUCACCGACUCCGUGUUCUCUCUCGCCCUCACGAACGCGGCGAUGAUCCAGCCGCUCCUAGCAACCGACCGUGGAUUCCCCGACGGCUCGGGCGCACUCCUCCUCACCGUCAGCGGGUGCGCCGAGCUCGUAUCGAGACUCAUCGUCCCGUCCCUGACCGACGUCAAGAGAAUAGACAAUACGUACCUCUUCAUGUUCUGGCUCUUCGCAGCAUCUCUCACGCCUCUAGGUUUUGCCCUGAGCGAGAGCCUUCCCUUAACGGCAGUGAUGAGUGGCUUCCUUGGUUUGGGAACGGGUGCCGUGAUCGGCAUGCCCAAUCUCCUUCUGACUUAUUAUCUCUCGGUAUCCAGGCUCCCGUCCGCGAUAACCUUCAAGCUGGUCGUGAAAGGCCUGUCUUUCUUCAUCGGACCCGGAAUCGGCAAACUGCGAGACGCGACGGGGGACUACAAUCUCCUCUUCUACAUCUUCACGGCGUCCUUGCUGCUCAACUCGGGGGCGUGGGUCCUCUACGUCGUCGUCGAGAGGAGGAGGAGAAUCCAACGCGAGGUCACGUGACGUCUCUCCCUUCUCGUGACAGCCCUCAUUUAGGAUCUCAGCUUGAGCGAUGCGAACUGACGACGGAAAGCGAGUACCACGACCCGGUCAGGAAUUGUUCGGAAAUAAAAGAGGACCCUGAACUCGAGAUAUUGCCUGUUAAUAUUCACGCACCUUCAUUACAUUUGAUUAGCCUCGAUUCAUUCAAGGAAAAAAAAAAUGCUCACAGCCCACUCACAAUCGCGGAGGAGCCCAUCUGCAGGACAUCAUCUUUAAAAAAAAUUAU